CGGGGGCGGGGCUCAUAGGGAAAGCGGGCGGUCGUCACAGGGGUCGACGGGCAGCGGACGGACAGCCAGGCGGACUGACGGCGGCAGGGGGACUGGCCGGGCCAGCUGGGUGCACGGCGUGCCGCCGCCAUGACAGCUCUGCCUACCCCCCAUCCCCUGGGUCCACCAGGAAACAGGACAAGCUGCCACAGAGCAGACCUACUGUGACCGCCUGGUCCAGGACAUGCCUUUCCUCACAGGCCUUGGGCGCCUGAGUGAGCAGCAGGUGGACAGGAUUAUCCUCCAGCUGAACCGCUACUACCCCCAGAUCCUCAGCAACAAGGAUGCAGAAAAGGUGCCAGGGAACCUGAGGCUGCUUUCCCAUCCCUUCCUCCCUGGGCUGGGAGAAGCGGGGGGCAGGACAGCUUGGAGUUCCGGAACCCCAAGGUAUCUCUGCGGGUGCGUCUCUGUGACCUCUUGGGCCACCUGCAGCGGAGCGGUGAGCGGGACUGCCAGGAGUUCUACCGGGCCCUGUACAUCCAUGCCCAGCCCCUGCACAGCUGCCUGCCCAGCCGGCACGCCCUGCGUAAAGAACUCAGAUUGCACAGAGCUAGACUCGGGCACCGCAGGCCGUGAGCUCAGUGACAGGGGACCCGUGGCCUUCCUGACCUGUCUCGGCCUGGCCGCAGGGCUGGCACUCCUCGUCUACUGCUGCCCCCAAGACCCCAAGGUGCUGCCAGGGGCCCGGCGUGUCCUGGGCUUCUCCCCUGUCAUCGUCGACAGGCACGUCAGCCGCUUCCUGCUGGCCUUCCUCACAGAUGACCUGGGGGGGCUCUGACCGAUCCCAUCCCUGCCCGCCUUGGCUGCUUGCUGCCCUGGGGCUGGCUUGCUUUUCUAAGUGUUUAUUUCUCACUGUGUAUAACUUAUGUAACAAGCACUUUACCUUCACUGUACAAAGGUGCUCAACAAUAUAAAAUGUUUGAGUCUUA